UCUAAUCCCUUUCUUGUUUGAGUAAAUUGAUGAUGAUGAAUGCAGUAGCGGCAUAAGAAAGGGGCAGCAGCAGCAAUAAGUAACAAGUAACAACAACAAUUAACUUCAAUGGCACGCCUCUCUCCCCUUUUCUUGACCCUUACUCAAUCUCACCCACUCUCUUUCUUCCUCUCCACCCCACCUUUUCUUCUUCUUCCGUUCUUCUAAACUUCCAUAAUUCCUCUAAAUUCCCACCUCUCUGAACAAUCAGCGAAAAUUCUGCUCCUUUCCCUCUUUGAUACGACCCCUUCGUCGAUGGGAACUGAGCCGCCUCCACCGCCUCAGUCGCCUCCAAGGCUUCUCCCACCUGCAACGGCUACAUCUCUUGCGCCUGGCUUCAGAUUCCAUCCCACUGAUCAGGAGCUUGUCAGUUACUAUCUUAAACGCAAAAUUUGCGGCAAACCCAUCCGCUUUGACGCUAUUUCUGAGACCGAUAUCUACAAGUCUGAACCUUGGGACUUACCAGCUUUGUCAAAGCUGAAGAGCAGAGACAACGAGUGGUAUUUUUUCGGUGUACAAGAUAGAAAAUAUGUUAAUGGUUCAAGAGUCAAUCGAGCAACAGGCAAAGGGUAUUGGAAAGCCACAGGAAAUGAUCGCCCAAUUAUACACAACUUUCGUACAGUUGGUAUGAAGAAGACUCUUGUCUUUUACAGUGGGCGGGCACCAUGUGGGAAGCGAACUAAUUGGGUAAUGCAUGAAUAUAGAUUAACGGAUGAGGAGCUUGCCAAAAGUGGCAUUGUAUUGGAUGCCUAUCUAUUGUGUAAAAUUUUGAAGAAAAGUGGUCCUGGAUUUAAGCCUGGGGAGCAAUAUGGACCUUUUGUGGAAGAGGAAUGGGAGAAGGAUGAGUCUACCCUUGUGCCAGGUGAAGAGGGUGAUGACGACGUGGCAGUUAAUGAUGAUGCACGUAUGGAGGAUUCUAUGCAGUCAUUCUAUAACUCUGAAUCCGCCCCUGUUACUAGCUGUGGGCUUUCAACAGAGGUUCAAGAGAUUCCGCCUCUUUGCAAGAUAGAAAGGGGAGAGGAAGGCCCAGUCCCUUGCACAGUUGAUCCUGAACCAUUGUCGCUUGGCCCAAAUAAACGUUCUAGACAGUGUGAGACUGACACUUGUCAUUCUCAUGCUUCAGAAAUCUCAACCACAAUAACGCAAGGGCCCUGCUCAUCAUCUACAGGGACCACAAAUUUCUCGACUGGGCUUUUGGAAUUCCCAUUGCUAGAGUCGGUGGAGCCAAAAGAGCGACCCUCUCCUCCUCCGGCGAAUGUGAUUGAUAUUAACGUUCCUCCGAGUUAUUUGAAACUCUUUGAAGAGUUGCGCAAUGAAAUCUACAGGACAUCAAUUGAGAAAGAAUCUUUAAAGAUUGAAGUGAUGAGUGCGAGGACCAUGAUUAACAUUCUUCAGACGAAAAUUGAUCACCUCACCAAGGAAAAUGAGGACCUGAAGAAGACCAACUUGCGGGAUAAAUAGGUUUUGUAGAGGUAUCUUUUUGUUGUAAGCACAUCUCUAUCGAAAUUAAUGUAAUAUUAACCCAAGUUGCCUCGUUGCUCUGCAAUCGUUUAACAUUGUGCUCCUGACUCGGUUUAGUUUUAGUAGCAGACUUCAUUUUUGUAUUUUCUAGUUUCUCUUCCAUGCUAGAUCGUCUAAUUGUGUUGCCGACUAGAUUAUGUCUGUCAUCGUCCUGUAGGUUGCUUAUUGCUUGUAACUUGGUGUUCGUCUCUUUGCAUUA